UAGAUGCAACGGAAGCACACCGAGCUAGCUGUUACAAGCACUCUUCUCCGCUCCGUCGGCUUAUUCCUUGCAUCACAAGCCCUAAACAAGGCUUCGCUUCGUUGUCGUCAUAACUAUACGCGUAACUAUGGCCUCCUCCGCCUUUCGCGUCUCUCAAUACCGAGCCUCCUGUCCUCGAGCUCGCCUCAUCCCCGCCUCCCUUACCGACCCCGUUCGCUUAAACUUCCCUUACCGCCAGCGGAGAGGCACCUCCGACCGACUUCCCCUGCGAGCCAUUGUCGUUACUGCCACCGCCACCGAGAUGCCAAAGGAGCGGCAGGCCUCCGGCCGGGACAGUGCGUUCGUCGACGAGAUGAGGGCAGUUGCGAUGAAGUUGCACACCAGGGAUCAAUCCAAGGAGGGUGAGAAGGAGCCUGAAGGGCCGCCGGUUUUUAAGUGGGAACCGUCCAUGGAGGGGUACCUCCGUUUCCUAGUUGACAGCAAGAUCGUGUAUGAUACCCUGGAAAUAAUCAUCCGGAAUGCCGCCUAUCCCUGGUAUGCUGAGUUCGAGAAUACUGGCUUGGAAAGGUCUGACAAAUUAGCUAAAGAUUUAGAAUGGUUUAAGGGCCAAGGGCAUACCAUUCCUGAGCCCUCUGCUCCUGGUGCUUCUUAUGCUCAGUAUCUGGAGGAGCUUUCCGAAAAGGAUCCUCAAGCAUUCAUAUGUCACUUCUAUAAUGUAUACUUUGCUCACACUGCUGGUGGUCGAAUGAUUGGCAGCAAGGCGGCAGAGAAAAUGCUAGACAACAAGGAGCUAGCAUUCUACAAGUGGGAUGGCAAUCUAUCCGAACUGUUGCAAAAUGUGCGCAAUAAGCUGAAUAAAGUUGCUUCGAACUGGUCUAGAGAAGAGAAGGAUCAUUGUUUGCAGGAGACUGAGAAAUCAUUCAAAUAUUCAGGCGAUAUACUCCGUUUGAUAUUGUCGUAGCAAAUGAAGGAUUCAUCAGCUAUUAACUAAAAGUAUUACGACUAUUUUGCUGUUUCAUAGCGUGCUGUUUCACAAGAUUAUGUUAUUCGCAAACAAAUCUGUGGUCGUUGUGUAAUUCGCUUUCAUGCUGCUGUGUUAAGAAGAAUUUGCAGUAGGAAAAAAAAAGGGUACAUUCGCUUGUUUCUCAGGUUGAUAAGAGGAGAAGCAAAUAAUUUCGAUUAAUUAUUUUUUAUAUUU